CAGUUUAAGUAAAGCCUUUGGAGUUUUCGUCUUCCCAUUCUUCCCUCUCUCGCUUAAGCUCAGCACCACCACUAGCCGUCGUCGUCGUCGUCGUCGUCGAUCUGAUAUGAACAUAUGCGUCGAGCUCUGAUAUGCAUCAGACGCUGGGCGCAGUACGCCUUGCAUACCGCUCGCGCAUCGCAUGCCUCGUGAAGUCGGGUAUGAUCGACAACGCAGUUCAGGUGUUCGACGAAAUGCGUCACUCAAGCUACCGAGUUUUCUCCUGUGAUUACAACCGUUUCAUCGGUGUUCUUGUCAAGGACUCCAGAUUCGAGCUUGCUGAAGCAUUGUAUAAGGACAUGACGCCAAUGGGCUUCUCCUUAAUCCCCUUCACUUACUCGAGGUUUAUCUCGGGUUUAUGUAAAGUUAAAAACUUUGAUCUCAUUGACGCUCUUCUGAGGGACAUGGAAGCCCUCGGAUACAUACCAGAUAUAUGGGCGUUUAACAUUUACUUAGAUCUGUUGUGUAGAGAGAGAAAAGUAGGUUUUGCUGUUCAGACAUUCUUUUGUAUGGUUCGGAGAGGUAGAGAACCAGAUGUUGUAUCUUAUACUAUACUUAUUAAUGGGUUGUUUAGAGCUGGUAAGGUCACUGAGGCAGUUGAGAUUUGGAAUGAGAUGAUUCGUAGUGGGGUUAAUCCGGAUAAUAAAGCUUGUGCAGCACUUGUUGUUGGGUUGUGUCACGCUCGGAGAGUUGACUUGGCUUAUGAGCUGGUGGCUGAUGAGAUCAAGAGUGCGAGAGUUAAGCUUAGUACGGUGGUUUACAAUGCGUUGAUCAGCGGGUUUUGUAGAGCGGGUAGGGUAGAAAAGGCGGAGGCUUUGAAAUCGUUUAUGAGUAAGAGUGGGUGUGAGCCGGAUCUCGUUACGUAUAAUGUGCUGUUGAAUUUUUAUUAUGAUAACAACAUGUUGAAGAAAGCGGAAGGGGUGAUGGGGGAGAUGGUUAGAAGUGGGAUACAGCCUGAUGUUUAUAGUUAUAACCAGUUGCUUAAGCGGCACUGCAGGGUUGUUCAUGUAGAUAAGUGCUAUAACUUCAUGGUAAAAGAGAUGGAGCCUAGAGGUUUAUGCGAUGUUGUCUCCUACAGUACUCUGAUUGAAACAUUCUGCAGGGCGUCAAAGACUAGCAAGGCUUACAAGCUCUUUGAGGAAAUGAGACAGAAGGGGAUAUCGACGAAUGUGGUCACGUACACGAGUCUUAUCAAGGCUUUUCUUAGGGAAGGCAACUCUAGUGUUGCGAAGAAGCUUCUUGAUCAGAUGACGGAGUUAGGUCUGUCACCAGAUAGGAUAUUUUACACAACGGUUCUGGACCAUUUGUGUAAAUCCGGAAAUCUUGACAAGGCUUAUGGUGUUUUCAGUGACAUGAUUGAGCACGGAAUUACACCGGAUGCUGUUUCAUACAACGCCCUUAUAAGUGGCCUCUGCAGGUCUUGUAGAGUGACUGAAGCGUUGAAAUUGUUUAAGGACAUGCAGAGUAAGGAAUGCUUUCCUGAUGAGUUAACUUUCAAGUUCAUUAUUGGAGGACUCGUCCGGGAAAAUAAACUAUCAGCUGCCUACAAGAUUUGGGAUCAGAUGAUGGAGAAAGGUUUCACCCUUGAUAGAGAUGUGUCUGAUACACUCAUUAAGGCUAGCUGUUCAGACUCAGUCAGUGCUGAUGCGUACUAGGCAUAUUAAGGUUAUACACCUUUAAAAUUGUCAACCUUUUUUUCUCUUUUGAGAAAAUGCCAUCUUAGUCAAAGUAUGGUGGCAUGGAAUGCUGAUACAGAACCAUUUAAGCCUCUACUGAUGCAUGCUGCUCCUUGGAGAGAAACAAGAAACUUAAACAGGUUCAAUUCCUUUUUCUACACAAAUGAAUCUAUGGUUGAGUUUGCAUCCUUAUCUUCGUUGCAGAUGACUUGGCACUAAUACUCCUGAAAGAUCAUCGUUUAUGGGUCAGACUAUGGAACAAAACACCCACUCAGUUGAAAUCUAUUACUUAGAAAUAUUACAUUGAGGACUGAUCAUUGGACUGAGAAUAGGAGUUGCCUUUUUUAUGUAUCGGCGCAUCAAGCUUGAGGUUUUGAAUCUUGAUAUGUUUAGAGCUUUAGACGCAAUCGAUCUAUUUUGCCUCGAGAAGCUGCAUCUCAAAAGGUUGAAAUCCAAAAGAACUAAGCCCCUUGCAAGCGCAGAAAGAGAAAGAAGAGAGCACGUUAACAUUCCAAAAAUGGCGAUUAAUCUUUACCAUAAUUGGGAACCAAUUUUCCUCGCAGGAUCAACAUCCCUCUAGCUCAUGGACCUAUCCGGA